GAGCAGAGUAGAACAGGGAAGAGAACAGAGCAGGUUAGAGGACUCUGAAAGUUUAGCCAACUGUCGUUUGGUUGACAACUCAACCCAGGUCAUAAAGAUAUAAACAGUCAUAGAAAAUAUAAACCGUCAUAUUAUUUAACAGAUGUUUUAUUUGAAGGUACACACUCUUCUUGUUGGGAUUCUGGUUGUUUUAGCAGGUUCAGCCAGGUGUUCAGAAGAUGAGACGCGUCUGGUUAAAACCCUGUUCACCGGCUAUAACAAGGUGGUCCGCCCUGUCAAUCACUUCAGAGAUCCGGUGGUGGUGACUGUAGGCUUGCAGCUCAUCCAGCUCAUUAGUGUGGAUGAAGUCAAUCAAAUUGUGACCAGUAAUGUGCGGCUGAAACAGAUAUGGGAGGACGUGAAUCUGAAGUGGAACCCUGAUGAUUAUAGUGGAAUUAAGAAGAUCAGAAUCCCUUCCACAGACAUCUGGCGUCCUGACCUCGUGCUCUAUAACAAUGCAGAUGGAGACUUUGCAAUCGUCCAUGAGACCAAGGUGCUGCUGGAGCACACAGGUCUGAUCACCUGGAACCCUCCGGCCAUCUUUAAGAGCUACUGUGAGAUCAUUGUGCUUCACUUCCCCUUCGACCUGCAGAACUGCAGUAUGAAGCUGGGGACAUGGACCUACGACGGCAACCUGGUAGUGGUCAACCCGGACAACGACCGGCCUGACUUGAGUAACUUCAUGGAGAGUGGUGAGUGGGUGAUGCAGGACUAUAGGAGCUGGAAGCACUGGGUGUACUAUGCCUGCUGCCCUGACACGCCCUACCUGGAUAUCACCUACCACUUCCUGAUGCUGAGGCUGCCUCUCUACUUUAUCGUCAACGUCAUCAUCCCCUGCAUGCUGUUCUCCUUCCUGACUGGACUGGUCUUCUACCUCCCCACUGACUCUGGUGAGAAGAUGACCCUGUCUAUCUCUGUCCUGCUGUCUCUCACUGUGUUUCUGCUAGUCAUCGUGGAGCUCAUCCCCUCCACCUCCAGUGCGGUGCCUCUCAUUGGGAAGUACAUGCUCUUCACCAUGGUCUUCGUCAUAGCUUCCAUCGUCAUCACCGUCAUCGUCAUCAACACACACCACCGCUCUCCCAGUACACACACAAUGCCCCAGUGGGUCCGCAAGCUUUUCAUCGACACCAUCCCCAAUUUCAUGUUCUUCUCGACUAUGAACCGUCCAUCCAGGGACAGGCAGGAGAAGAGGAUCCACCCGACUGACUUUGACAUCUCCGACAUCUCGGGCAAGCCUGCCCCUGCCUCUGUCACCUUCCAGUCCCCCAUCACCAAGAACCCGGACGUCCGCAGCGCCAUCGAGGGGGUCAAGUACAUCGCAGAGACCAUGAAGUCUGACGAAGAGUCUAACAAUGCUGCUGAGGAGUGGAAGUUUGUAGCCAUGGUCCUGGAUCACAUCUUGCUGUGUGUGUUCAUGGCUGUGUGUAUCAUCGGCACCAUGGGAGUGUUUGCUGGACGUCUCAUUGAGCUGAGCAUGCAGGACUAAAGGAGAGACCUAGCUGGAGUCAUCCUGGUCUGGCCACACUCUGGUUCUCCUGCUCGCUCUGACACCUGUCUGCUGUGCCUCUACCCCGAGUCAACCUGGUCUGUCCACACUCUGGUUCUCCUGCUCGCUCUGACACCUGUCUGCUGUGACUCUACCCCGAGUCAUCUGGUCUGUCCACACUCUGGUUCUCCUGCUCGCUCUGACACCUGUCUGCUGUGCCUCUACCCCGAGUCAACCUGGUCUGUCCACACUCUGGUUCUCCUGCUCGCUCUGACACCUGUCUGCUGUGCCUCUACCCCGAGUCAUCUGGUCUGUCCACACUCUGGUUCUCCUGCUCGCUCUGACACCUGUCUGCUGUGCCUCUACCCCGAGUCAACCUGGUCUGUCCACACUCUGGUUCUCCUGCUCGCUCUGACACCUGUCUGCUGUGCCUCUACCCCGAGUCAACCUGGUCUGUCCACACUCUGGUUCUCCUGCUCGCUCUGACACCUGUCUGCUGUGCCUCUACCCCGAGUCAUCUGGAAAUGACAAUCAAUCGAUUGAUUGAUUGGUUGGUUGGAUCGUUGAUUGAAUGUAACUGGUCCAGUGAGGUGUUGUUAUAGAUUACAGUUGAAAAUAUGGACAUUCAUGGCACUCAGUGUUGAUAAGGUGUCCCGCUGUCAGCUGUCUGUGACUUGAUGGAUUGUGUUUAAGGAACGACGGUUAACCUCCCUAACGAGGGGAUUUCUUUAUUUUUAACCAUCGUUCCUCAUGUGGAACGAAGGAUGCAGAGUAUAUUGGUUUAACAAACUCUAUAUAACGGCUCUGAUUGUGAGCACUCUGGCACUCUUAUGGCACUGUGGAUGAGGGAGGUCACAUUAUGGCACUGUGGAUGAGGGAGGUCACAUUAUGGCACUGUGGAUGAGGGAGGUCACAUUAUGGCACUGUGGAUGAGGGAGGUCACAUUAUGGCACUGUGGAUGAGGGAGGUCACAUUAUUGCACUGUGGAUGAGGGAGAUCACAUUAUGGUACUGUGGAUGAGGGAGGUCACAUUAUGGUACUGUGGAUGAGGGAGAUCACAUUAUGGCACUGUGGAUGAGGGAGAUCACAUUAUUGCACUGUGGAUGAGGGAGAUCACAUUAUGGUACUGUGGAUGAGGGAGGUCACAUUAUGGUACUGUGGAUGAGGGAGAUCACAUUAUGGUACUGUGGAUGAGGGAGGUCACAUUAUGGUACUGUGGAUGAGGGAGGUCACAUUAUGGUACUAUGGAUGAGGGAGGCCACAAGCAGCUGGUAGUGCAUCUUGUCCUUGUAGCAUGAUCUUUAUUGACGAUCAGAAAUUCAGUUUGAAUGAGUUUCUCAACAUUGAUUUAGAAGUGGUCCAGUCUUGUGGAUGGGCUGUUGCUUAUUUAAUAAAGAUGACAGUGCAGGGGCUGCUGGGAAACUACAUGAUGUUUUAUCUUGUCCGAUGUUAGGGUUUUUUCUCCUCCUUCUGCCAAAUGUCAUCAUGGUUCUAUUUUUAGAUUUGGUUAGAUGUGGAAAGAAUUGGGUGAAUAAAAAUAAUAUCUACUUUCA